ACCAUAGGGGACUCCUGAGCAAGUCAAGCGAGCCCUAAAAAUAAAACCCUUGAAUUGCCCAACCGAGCUUCAACCCCAAUCUCGACCUUCCAUUGCCGCUCGGCCCACAGAGACACAGCCCUGCUACUUCCCUCCUCCUCGCCCAAACUUCACUCACUUCUCUCUCGCUGUGGACGGAGGAUAGCAGAUUCUCUCUGUUAUGCACUGGAAACUGAGUAUGAUACAUUGCAACAAUUUUUCCUACAGAGCUGAGUGUUUUCCAGACUGGGGUUGACUAUGUUAUUUGAAUCUUGAUAUUCUCAUUCAAACGAGAACGAGAAAUGGCGGGAGUGUUACCUGGGGAUCCAUCUCAUCAUGGAAUAGCAGAAAGUGGUUCAUACACUCAUGACAAGCUGGAGGAGCCAGAUCAUUCGAGUUCUAAUUGGUACUUCGGCAGGAAGGAAAUAGAAGAGAACUCCCCAUCUAGAAGAGAUGGAAUUGAUUUGAAGAAAGAGACAUAUUUUCGUAAAUCAUAUUGCACAUUUCUUCAAGAUUUAGGCAUGCGGCUUAAAGUACCUCAGGUGACAAUAGCUACAGCGAUCAUAUUCUGCCAUCGCUUUUUCCUUCGUCAGUCUCAUUUAAAAAAUGAUCGGCGGACCAUUGCAACAGUGUGCAUGUUCCUUGCGGGGAAGGUAGAAGAAACUCCUCGGCCAUUAAGGGAUGUCAUUCUUGUCUCCUAUGAAAUCAUCCACAAAAAGGAUCCUUCUGCCGUCCAGAGGAUUAAGCAAAAAGAAGUAUAUGAGCAGCAGAAGGAGCUUAUUUUACUAGGGGAGCGGGUCGUGCUGGCCACUCUUGGCUUUGAUCUCAAUGUACACCAUCCAUAUAAGCCCCUUGUUGAGGCGAUCAAGAAAUUCAAGGUUGCCCAAAAUGCUCUUGCCCAAGUGGCGUGGAAUUUUGUGAAUGAUGGGCUGCGGACAUCACUCUGUCUGCAAUUCAAACCCCAUCACAUUGCUGCUGGAGCUAUCUUCCUCGCUGCUAAGUUUCUGAAAGUGAAGCUGCCUUCCGAUGGUGAGAAGGUCUGGUGGCAAGAAUUUGAUGUAACCCCACGACAGUUAGAAGAGGUGAGCAAUCAGAUGCUCGAGCUAUACGAGCAAAAUCGAACAGCACCUCCACCACCUUCCCAUGGUAGCGAGGUUGAGGGAAGCACCGGUGCUGGGGGAAGCACUGCACCCCCAACAAAUCACCAACAUCGGCCUCCUCCUCCUAAUGCUCAGCCUUCCACCGCUGCUGCCACCAGGGCCCCAGUCUCCGGCAACGAUGAACUGGCAUCCGCCAAUGGCACCACCACCACCCUACCAGAAGACCAUGGUGGAGACCACCGAUUGAGCAAUUACCACGGGAACCAUCCUCAAGCUGGUGGGGACCACAGACCGAGCAGGUACCAUGGGGACCACUCUCAAGGCGGUGGGCCCCACCCCCAAAGGGAGCCAACAGAGCCCAACAGCAAGGAUGAGAGGUGGCGGGUUCCCGUGCCGAAUGUGAUCGGGAAGAUUGACAAGGACAAGGUGAAGGCCGCCCUUGAGAAGCGCCGCAACACCCCUGCCGCCCCCAAGAAGUCGGAUUUUGUUGACGAGGAUGAUUUGAUAGAGCGCGAGCUCGAGAAUGGCGUAGAAAUGGCAGCAGAGGCCGAGAAAAAGACACGUCGUGGGGGUCACUUCCCACCUGAGUCUUCUGAUGAUGGGUUUUUGGGUCCAGGUGAGAAUAGGAAGCGAUCAAGAUCAUUGGAUUCGGGCAACGGGAUUGGUGAUGAUGGUGAUGUAUUGUUUGGUGGUGGUGGUAAUACCGAGGAAGGGGAGUUGUCAGGCCUUGAUGCCUCCGAAUCUGUUGGGCACGGUGCAUCACCGGUUUUGGGCCAUCGUCAUGGAUAUCAGCACCAUGAGAGGGAGAGGGAUGGGAUUCGUGUGAGCCGGCAUCAUGAAUAUGGGGAGAGGGAGCAAAAGAGGCACAGGGUAGAAAACCUCUUUUAAGAGAGUGAGAGAUAAUAUGAGGAGCAAGUUUAGAGAGAUGGAGAGAGGGAGAUGCUCAUUUGUUGGGGUCGGGAUCUUCCCUAUCCAUUUUUACUGUAACUGUUGUCUGGUGAGUGAUGAGGUUGGUGUAUAAUUAUAUAUGCGGGACAGAGUUAUUUGUUUUAUCUUGUGAGUUAGUCUCCGGUGCAAGGAGGUUGGGAGUGAUUCAAACGAAGUGGGAAACUUUACUCCCCUACCCCUCCCUUCUCUCUCUCUCUAUGAGUUGGUCGUUAUUUCCGUAUUUGGAUGGUUCUGUCCUUAUGAAUUUAACCGUGGUUAUUAAGGUGGAGGAUGGUUGUUUGUAAUUCGUCUUCAGCUGUAUUUUUGCCGACUGCACCUUGGAGUGGACUGCAAGGAUCUACAUGGAAAAGCAAAAUUAAUGAAGUUGGGAGCUUUUUUUUGGCCUAUAUUUAAUGGAUGCACGGGUUAGUGACAUGUUUAUUUGUGUUUUUUGGAUUUUGAUAUUGAAUGGAUAUAUGAAAAGUUUAGUAUUUCUUACCCCAUGUUUUUUGUAUUCCUACUGGCUUUAUCAUUAUUGGAAGGAAGCUAGCCCAUUGGUACUGGAUUUUAUCCCUGAAUCAAUCAGCAACCCUACUCUUUUCAUUAAUUUGUGGAUCUAUAUUUUGCCUGUUGACUUUGGGAUACUGUUUUUUUUCCAUCUUUUGUAGUUUCACACUUUUUUAUUUUUGUACUCAUCAAUGGACGGUGGAGAUGUGCUGUCGGUUCCAUUGUUGAUCUUUACAAGA